GAUGAGGGGGCGUGGCGCUGUGCGGGGCGGAAGUGACCCCCGCGACCGGAAGUCCUGUUCCGAGAGGAGGCUGAGGACCCCGGAGAGGCCGAGGCGGGCGCUGGUAGACAUUUCCCAUGGAUGAGCUGGUGCAUGACUUGGCCUCGGCCUUGGAGCAGACCUCAGAACAAAACAAGCUGGAUGAGCUGUGGGAAGAGAUGGCCCUGAGCCCACGGCAGCAGCGGCGGCAGCUUCGCAAGAGGAGGGGUCGUAAGCGGCGCUCAGACUUCACUCACCAGGCGGAGCAUGCCUGCUGCUACAGUGAGGCUUCGGAAUCAAGCUUGGAUGAAGCCAUGAAGGACUGUCGUGAGGUGUUGACUGCCAACUUCAGUGACUCAGAUGACAUGGCUGUGGCCAAACGCCACCCAGCUCUGAGUGCCACCCUAAAGAGCAAGCAGCAUUCUUGGCAUGAGUCGGACUCCUUCACGGAAAAUGGACCCUGCCGACCCCUCAGGCGUCGCCGGAAGGUGAAACGUGUGACCUCAGAGGUAGCUGCUAGUCUCCAGCAGAAACUCAAGGUGUCAGAGUGGAACUAUGAGAGAGGCUAUAGGUUCAAGUCAGCCAAGAAGCAGCGUCUGUCACGCUGGAAGGAGAAUGCCCCUUGGACUUCAUCCAAUCAUGGCCUGUGUGAGUCAGUAGAGAACAGGCCCUUCCUAAGUAAAGGCGGGAGGAAGGAGAGGAUGGAGUGUGAAGCGGAUGAACAAAAACAGGGUUCUGAUGAAAACAUGUCUGAAUGUGAAACCAGCAGUGUGUGCAGCAGCAGUGACACUGGCCUCUUCACCAAUGACGAAGGCCGUCAAGCCCGGGGUGGCGUGGAGUGCUAUCAGCGAAUCUUUCCAGGUGACC